UCGCGAACACCACGACGACCACCGUUAUAACGGUCUACCGAUACAACGAAUUGCACGUGUUUUUCCCCUCCCCACUCAAGUAUAAAAUAACGAACUUUCGCAACGAUAAUACCACUAUGGACGUAUGAAUAGCACACGGCCUAAUUACUAAAGACGAUCGCCACCAUUGGAGUUUAAGCUAUCAACGAUCAUGGGAUCACAAAAAACAGGUGAAAUGAUCGUCUGGUUUUCCGUCAUAAUUGCGGUGAUCGGUUGGUGUGUGGACUGUUACAUCGAAGACUUGUGUCCGAAUUGUAAUCUCUAUCAAGACUCAGCUGAGGCUCGGUCCCACUGCGCCUACCCGUGCCAGUGCGCCAACAGGGACCCGGUUUGCGAACCGGGCGUGCCACACACCCGCGACGGAUGCGGUUGCUGCCCCGUAUGCGCCCGACAGGAUGGAGACCCGUGCGACGGCAUUGCCGUGUGUGACCAAAGGAAAGGUCUGGUAUGCCAGUACGAUGACUACUACAGUCCGGCCGGCAUAUGCAGAGUAGUAAAAGGCUUACCGUGUACGGUAUACAACAAGACGUACGACAAUGGAGAAACUUUCAGGCUAGAUUGCAGAACGCAGUGCACGUGUCAGAACGGCACUUAUGCCUGUGCGUCAUUGUGUCCACAAGAAAAUAUAUCUCCUCAAGGACUUUGCAGACAUCCUCGGUUAGUCGAAGUGCCCGGACAAUGCUGCAGGGAAUGGAUGUGUGACAACGUAAAUAUGGAAAGGCCGCCCAAUUGUGAAGCAUUAGUCACGCCAUGGGCGGAAUGUUCAUCCCAAUGUGGAUUAGGCCUUUCUAGACGUAUGUCUAAUGCAAAUGAAGCGUGUAAGCCUAAUAACGAAACUAGACUUUGUCAAAUAAGGCCGUGUCACUCACCACCACUGGUGAAUGCUAAAUAUGCAAGACACCAUCACAUUCGAAAGGGCCACGAGUGCAAGGCGACGAUCAAGUCGACGACACCGGUCCGGCUGAAGUUUGGCGACUGCCGGAGCCGGAAGACUUUCCACCCGAAGCGGUGCGGCGCCGCGUGUCCGUCCUCGGGUGGCGGCAGUGACAUUGUGUGCGCUCCCGAGCUCAGCACCACGGUCAAGGUGGAAUUCCUGUGCAGGAGUCCGGUGGAGGGCCACGACCGGCUAGACGGCGCUGUCCCCGGUGACGAUCUCUGGGAACCUGUGCGCAGGCCCUUUUCGGCCACUGCGGACGAUUAUGUGCACAGCGUGUACGUGGACGUCGAGUGGAUCGUCAAGUGCACGUGCCGGCGGCGCACGGACUGACGACGGCGGCGGCCGUGAACCGCCGGGCGCCCGAAGCCGACGCCGCCGCCACCGCAGCAAUCAGCCGCCCGCGACUUGGCCGAACUGUAAACGUUAUUAUUUCAAUAAUCGCGACACACACGCACAACACACACACACACACACACACACACACACACACACAC